AUGCCCACUCCACAGCACGACGUAAGCGCUCGGUGGAUCCAGGAGAUCGUCCAGGGUCGCGCGGUGAAACACCGCUCUCAGGCAACCAUUGACGAAAAAAGCGGGUUCGACUUGGCCUUUAUUAUGUGGAUGAUGUACUCCAUAUGCUGUACGAUUGGAAUCGUGAUCAACGGUGUUCCCUUAACUUGGUUUUAUCCCAGCCCCUCAACACUGCCCCAACCUCCCACUCUAGACGAUCAUGUCGAUUCAUGA